CACUGCUAAAAUGACGUUUGCACAUAUUUAUCCGCGUUGGACUUUGCUGUGUGCAGUUCUGGUUCAUCUUCACACGGCGGCUCUUUCAUUACCCAGCCAGGCUGUGUUUAGCCAUAAAGGCCUUUCAAAAGCGGGACAAUUAGGCCUACUUCAUGGCGUCUCCUUUGGAAUGUAUUCUCCGCAGGGAAGGUCUCGUGAUGCUAGGCCUACUCCGAUGGGAAGUUCGUGUGAUGUUACUGGCCAUUGGCGUAACGAGCUGGGCUCCCGCAUGCAACUGUCCGCCAAGGACUCCUCUUUACAGGGGUUUUACAAGACGGCCGUGGAGACUACCGCAGGGGCGGCGGGUAACGGUUCAACGUUGACUGGUUUCGUCAGCGGGGGGGUGCAUCCUACCGUGUCAUUCUCCGUGUUGUGGAAAGGGGGUUCCUGCACCUCGUGGGUGGGUCAGUGUUUCAUUCUGCCGACUGGAGACCGAGUUUUGAAAACCGUCUGGAUGUUGCGUUCUGUUGCAAAAGGCCCUGGAGACAACUGGAUGAGCACCAGGGUUGGAGCAGACACUUUUUCAUUUGUAGGCGCAUGUUGAGCUUCAUGAAGAUGCCUCUCAUGUGAAAUGGCUUUCUUUCGAAGUGUGUUGGAAUGACAAAUCCCCAAGUUUGUGCAUCGGUGGUUUAAUAACUGGAUUAAAAACAAAUC